CGGUCACAUUUUUGCCCACGUGCGUUUUGUUUGGCCUCCGCCGGCGCUAAAUUCAACAGAUAUCUUUUAAAUAAAAAGGAUUCUCUGAAAAUUAAGGUAUUACAAAUUGCCGAGCCAUGGUUUUCUUCACAUGCAACAUCUGCGGCGAGUCCGUCAAAAAGCCAGCGGUGGAGAAGCACUACCAGACACGCUGUCGCGGCAAAGACAAAAAUGUGUCCUGCAUGGACUGUUUGAAGGACUUCUACGGCGAGGAAUACGUGGCCCAUAUCAAAUGCAUCUCAGAGGCCCAGAAGUAUGCCAGUCAAAGUCAGGGAUUCGCCGCCAAGGAGCCGCGCAACAAGAACGCUCAGAAGCAGGAGAGUUGGAUGGACAUCAUCCGAUCGAUCCUCGAUAGCAGCGAAUACAAUCUGACUCCGGCUGUAAGAUCCGCCUUCCAGAAGCUACAGAGCGUCGACAAUGUGCCGCGCAAGAAGGCCAAGUUCGAGAACUUCGUGGGCAACUGCAUGAGAAUGCCCCGCCAGCAGGCCACUCAAGUGUGGGACAUCCUAGAAAAGGAACUCAACAAGAUGAAGGAGGCGAAACAGGCGGAGCUGGCCAGAGCAAAGGCGGAAAAGGUGGCGGCUCUACAGGAACAGCAGAAGAAGGAAGUUGAAGAGGAGGAAGCGCCGCCGAAGAAGAAAUCCAAAAAGGAAGCCGUCGAGGAAGCGGCUCCCGAGGAGGCCGCCAAUGGAGUCUCCAGCGAAUUUGAUUGGCCUGCCCAGCUAACCAAGAUCGUUGGCAAGCAGGAGGAAGGCAUUUUCCUGGAAAAACUACGCAAGAAGCUGCUCAAAAAGUACGCCAAGCAUUUGUCCGUCGAGGAUUUGAAUGAAAAGCAGGCCAAGAAGUUCCAAAAACGCUUCGAUAAACAACUUAAACUCGCUGACUCCCUGCAAGUAGAUGGUGAUUUGGUCAAGAUAGCCAGCUAGCGGGUCUACUCAUCCUUAGUCUUAGUUAAGUUAUAGCAAAGGACAAUAAAACUGUAAGCUGCAAA